UCUCAAAGAAGGAAGUGGCUGACUGACGGAGAGAGGAACUUUAGCAAUAACUAAUUUUCGCUAAGACACAAACAGAGGAACAAAGAAUGACUUAUUCAAACAACACUUGGAUUAUGAUGGCAUUGUAGAGUCCAGAGGAUUUGGUCCAGCAGGAGCAGAAUCAAGACAGAAGGAAAACAACUGGCAAUGGGUAGCAAAGAAAGGUAUCAUUGGCAGAGCCAAAAUGUCAGGCAAAGUGGAGUUGAUGACAUGGUGCUUCUUUCCAAAAUCACAGAGGAUGCCAUAGUGGAGAACCUCAAGAAAAGAUACAUGGAUGACUACAUUUUUACAUAUAUAGGUUCUGUAUUAAUCUCUGUUAAUCCAUUCAAGCAAAUGCCCUAUUUCACAGACCGGGAAGUGGAAUUGUAUCAAGGGGCUGCUCAGUACGAGAAUCCCCCACAUAUCUACGCAUUAACAGACAACAUGUAUCGCAAUAUGCUUAUUGAUGGAGAGAACCAGUGUGUCAUCAUCAGUGGUGAAAGUGGAGCAGGAAAAACUGUGGCUGCUAAGUACAUCAUGGGCUAUAUAUCCAAGGUGUCGGGAGGAGGCAGCAAAGUACAGCAUGUCAAAGACAUAAUCCUUCAGUCUAAUCCUCUUCUUGAAGCAUUUGGCAAUGCUAAGACUGUCAGAAACAACAACUCAAGUCGAUUUGGUAAAUACUUUGAGAUACAAUUCAGCCGUGGAGGAGAGCCAGAUGGAGGCAAAAUAUCAAAUUUUCUUCUGGAAAAGUCACGAGUUGUAAAUCAGAAUGAGAGUGAGCGCAGCUUUCAUGUCUUCUACCAGUUGAUAGAUGGAGCAUCUCAAGAACAGAAACAAAAUCUGGGCAUCUUGACUCCUGAUUACUAUUUCUAUUUAAACCAGUCUGAGACCUAUAAAGUGGAUGGGACGAAUGAUGAGAGUGAUUUCCUUGAGAUCUCUUCUAAUGCCAUGCAAGUCAUUGGUAUUUCAUGGGAAGAACAACAGCUGGUCCUACAGAUAACAGCCGGCAUCCUACAUCUGGGCAAUAUCUGCUUCCAAGAACAGGGAAACUAUGCUGUGAUAGACUGUACUGACCACUUGGCUUUUCCCGCCUACUUGCUUGGUAUAGACAAAGAGCGCCUCAAUGGAAAACUCACCAGCCGGAAGAUGGAUAGUAAAUGGGGAGGACGCUCAGAAUCUAUCACUGUUACCUUAAAUGUGGAGCAAGCCACUUAUACACGGGAUGCUCUGGCUAAAGCUUUGUAUUCAAGAGUCUUUGAUUUCCUGGUGGAGUCAAUUAACAAAGCCAUACAAAAACCCCAUGAAGAAUACAGCAUUGGAGUGUUGGAUAUAUAUGGGUUUGAAAUCUUCCAGAAAAAUGGCUUUGAACAAUUUUGUAUCAAUUUCGUAAAUGAAAAACUGCAGCAGAUCUUCAUUGAGCUAACUCUAAAGGCUGAGCAGGAAGAAUAUGUUGCAGAAGGCAUAAAAUGGUCCCCUAUUGAUUAUUUCAAUAACAAGGUGGUGUGUGACCUCAUUGAGAACAAGUUGAACCCUCCAGGUAUAAUGAGUGUUCUGGAUGAUGUGUGCGCCACUAUGCAUGCCACAGGCGGAGGUGCAGAUCAGACUCUGCUGCAGAAACUCCAGGCAGCUGUGGGCAACCACGAGCACUUCAACAACUGGAAUUCUGGCUUUGUUAUUCACCACUAUGCUGGCAAGGUCUCAUAUGAUGUUGAAGGAUUCUGUGAACGGAAUCGAGAUGUUCUUUUUAUAGACCUUAUUGAACUGAUGCAGAGCAGUGAGCAUCAAUUUAUACAGAGUCUUUUCCCAGAGAAACUGGAUUCAGACAAAAAAAGUAGGCCGACUACAGCAGGCUCAAAAAUCAAGAAACAAGCAAAUGACCUUGUGAAUACUCUGAUGAAGUGCACACCUCAUUACAUCCGUUGUAUUAAACCAAAUGAGACGAAAAGGUCUAAAGACUGGGAAGAGAGCAGAGUCAAACAUCAAGUGGAGUAUCUAGGCCUGAAGGAGAACAUCCGUGUACGUCGGGCUGGCUUUGCCUAUCGAAGGGUAUUCAACAAAUUCCUACAAAGAUAUGCCAUCCUCACACAGGAAACUUGGCCUAGAUGGAGAGGGGAUGAGCGGCAAGGGGUACAGCAUCUCUUGAGAUCAGUAAAUAUGGAUGCUGACCAGUACCAAAUGGGAAAAUCCAAGGUGUUUGUGAAGAAUCCAGAAUCGCUCUUCUUACUGGAGGAGACGAGAGACAGAAAAUUUGACACCUUUGCCAGGACAAUCCAGAAAGCUUGGAGAAGAUACAUUGCCAAGAGGAAGUAUGAGAAGAUGAGAGAAGAAGCUUCCAACAUUUUGUAUGGAUACAAGGAACGUCGCAGAAAUAGCAUUAAUCGCAAUUUUGUGGGGGACUAUUUGGGCAUGGAGGAUAAGCCAGAGCUCCGACAGUUCAUGGCUAAGCGGGAAAGGAUAGACUUUGCUGACUCUGUCAACAAAUUUGACAGACGGUUUAAGUCAAUAAAGAGGGAUCUUAUUCUUACUCCCAAAUACCUUUACUUAAUUGGACGUGAGAAGAUAAAGAAGGGGCCUGAGAAAGGUCAGAUCAAGGAGGUUCUGAAGAAGAAAUUGGAAAUCCAGAGUGUUAAAACUGUGUCUCUAAGCACCCGCCAGGAUGACUUCUUCAUCCUACAUGAAGCUGAUCAUGAUACCCUACUGGAGUCAGUGUUUAAGACAGAACUGAUUAGCCUGAUGGUCAAGCGGUAUGAGGAGACAACCAAGAGUAAACUAGCUCUGAACUUCGCUGACACACUACAGAUUAGAGUAAAGAAAGAAGGCUGGGGAGGAGGUGGCACUCGAAGCAUUUCAUUUCUCAGGGGACAAGGGGACAUUGCUCAACUGAAACCAGGAGGAAAAGCCCUACAAGUCAGUAUUGGGGAUGGACUGCCUAAAAACUCCAAACCUACCAGAAAAGAAAGAUAUGAUAACCGAGCACACAGACCUCCGCCUAAUCACCCUGCUCCUGCACAUCCAGGUGCUUGUAGAAAUGGGGCUGCUCAAUUCAAUGCAGGAAAAUCAAGGAACCCCACGUACUCCCAGGCCCAGCGACAGGUCAGAGCGCCACCUGCAGCUGCUGCUCUACCUCGGCAGUCUGCUCCUAGGAAAAACCGUGCACCGUCUGAUCACAGUAUGGAAUUCCUCAAUGUACCCGACCAGGGAGUAGCUGGGGUACAGAGGAAAAAAAGUGUAGUGAACAGACCACCGCCUGGAGUGGGGCGUCCCAAACCUCAGAUACGGCCUGCUGGCCCCCGCUGUAGAGCCAUUUACCAGUACGUAGGACAAGAUGUAGAUGAGCUCAGCUUUAAUGUUAAUGAUGUGAUUGAUAUUCUGUUAGAAGAUUCCUCUGGCUGGUGGAAAGGAAGACUUCACGGAAAGGAAGGAUUGUUCCCUGGAAAUUACGUUCAGAAAAUAUGAUGGCACAAAAUACUUUCCAAUUCCCACAAUACCCACAGAGAUUAAGAAAAUGUCUAGAGACAAAUUUAAACUGUUGUAUAAAAGCUUUUGAAAAAUAUAAACAUUAUUUGUUUACAA